UGUCUUCAUCUAACAUCUGAGUUUUGAUGUGAUGUGUUUCUGACUCAAGCAGAAGAUGAUCUUCUGGAUCCUGCUGCUCUUCAUCCUGACCUCCUCUUUCUCUGGAUCAUUUGCUGUGAAUGUGACACAGAGUUCCUAUCAGGCAGAGGAGAACCACAACAUCACACUGGAAUGGACGUUCACCACCAACACUCAACUCUCUCUAAAUUACUUUUCUACCCUCUGUCAACUGAUAACUGAUGUCAGACAGUCAGUCCUGUUUCACAUACAUGAUGGUGUGGAGGUUCCAGAGUCUCAGGAUGAACAGUUUGCAGGACGAGUCCAGUGGGACAAAGACGUCCUCAGAGAAGGACGACUCAGACUUCAUGUGUCCAGACUCAGGACUGCUGACUCGGGUCUGUACCAGUGUGACGUGUUCACAAGAGAUGGGCCGAACUCUAGACAAUGUCACCUCAAUGUCACUGGAAGCAUGGCUGACGGUUUGGCAAAGAGGUGGAGAGCAGGGUCGUCCUCCAAUCAGAGGAUGGCAGUUGGCAAAAGCCGAAAUCUGAGCAACUGCCAAGCACAGAAGUUGGCAGAAGACCAGCAACUUCAGAACUUGCAAUCUGCAAGCCAGAACUUGCUGACACACCCCGUCACAGACAGACUCAGUAUACAAAGCUUACAGUCCUCCACACCUUCCAUGUCUUGA